AUGCUGGAGACCAUAGCGGUGGCGGGCAUCUGGGCCAGGGAGCGUCGCAGGGCGGCCAACCUCAACCAAGAAGGCGAUGACACCUGCGCGAGAUGCGGCGAGGCGAUAGAGACAGAGGAACACCGCUACUACGCAUGCCCUGCCAACGCAGAGAUAGGGCACAGCAAUGACACCGACCUGGCGAAGAAGGCGAAGGACGCGCUGGACCAGCGGCAGGACCUGCAUUUCUGGCUCCGAGGCAUCCCGCCAGCGGCCUGGGCAGCCAAGGUCGACCCAGACGAGGACGCGGCGAAGGCGGCGCAGAUCUUCUGCACCAGCGAAGAGGCUCAGGCUGCAGCCCAGUCAGGGCACACGGUUCGAGCAGACUAUGUCUUCGCGGACGGCUCAGGUGGUGCAGGGGAAACGGCCAAGGACCCCCGCUUCAGACGCUGCGGCUGGGCAGUGGUGGCUUUCAGGUUCGACGAACAAGGACGUCCGCAGGAAGUGGCUGCCUGGUACGGCACAAUCAGGGCACCGCACACGGUGCCACGGGCAGAGCUCACCGCCAUGAGCAAAGCCAUCGGGUACACCACGGCGGCGACAGCCAGGGGGCUCAACAUAGUCAGCGAUUGCAAAUACGCCCUGGACGCACUCAAGCAGAUCCAGGACCCUGCGGAUCUGGACUACAGGAGCACGAACUACGACCUCUGGCUCCAGACGAAGCAGCAGCUGCAGAACAGCACGGACACCAUCAUGGGCCACCACAUCCCGAGCCACCUGAUUGAGCACCCAGCCGAGCUGGAGAGGUGGAAUGGUCCCACCUGGUGGGUCAUAGGAAACGAGAUGGCAGACAAGUACGCAGGCUGGGGAGCGGAGCACGGAGCACUGGAUCCAGCCAUCAUCGCGCAGCAGCAGAUCAGGGACCAUAUUACCAUGGCGGUGCAGAACAGGCUGCUGGCCAUCAACAUGGCGGUGACGGUGGAGGACCCCGACAAGGCCCCUCAGCGUCCCAAGGCCAAGCGGCGAAAGCCGCAGACGGCGAGGGACAGGGCAGCCCAGCAGGGACACGACCUGCGAAAGCUACAUCCGCGAUGGUGGUGUGCAACGUGUCGCAGUGGCCCAGCCAAAGGACAAAGCAUCAGAGACUGGUUGGCAGAGACGGGCAAAUGCCUCGGGAAGUACGGCGGCCACCAGGACCAGCACGGCAACGUCAGGCUCGACUUCAAGGCGGUGCAGAUCGGCACGCAGGUGGUGCACGUCUCCCACAAGACGCAGUUCACCCAUGGCUGGCUCUGGUGCGAGAAAUGUGGCGGCACCAGCUACCUUGGGGACCACAAGAGCAGGAUCGUGGCAGGAGUGGCGAGGAAGCUGGCAAGGCCAUGUCAGCCCCCAACAGCAGCAGGGCGGCGGGUCUUGGAGGACAUGCGGAGGGGCAAGCUGCCAAGAAGAGCUAAGCCAGCAGCAGACCCAGCUGAUGAGGGUCUCGACGAGAUCACCAUGCCUGGAGGCUUCAAGCUCGGCCUGAGUAACCACGAGGCGAUCGAUCCGGACGGGGACAGCUCAGAGGCAGGGGACCCGCAGCCAGCUCCACAGCAGCCACCCAGCCAUCCGCACUCUGUCGUCCACGCCAGCUGGAGGCUCGUCGACCACAUGGAGGGCUACGCGGAGCAGUGGAUGAACAUGGUCGACCAAGAGGUCUGGGACGAUAUGGACGACUGGAUGGAGCACUGCGUACCGUACCUCCUGGCCAUCACCAAUGUGGGUGGCAGAACGGACACGCAAGAGCAGACCAGGGCCGUCACCGUGCAGGAGCUCCAGCAGAUCAAGGACUUCUGCGAAGAAGUCUGGCGCAACACGCACCGCACGCGACGGAGGCUCAUGACCAGGAUGCUUACCCUCCCGUAUUGUACAAGGCAGCAGGCAGCAAGAGUGCACAUGGACGCCUUCCAGAACAGAAGGAACAACAUCCUAGCGCACAGCAUCCCCAGCAGCGAGCGCAGGCCGCUGCCGAGAACAGCGGAGGCCAGCCGAGAGUGGUCACCAGAGAACCUGGACGAUGAUGACUCGACCCCAGACAGUGAAGCCCCAGAGCUGGAGGGUGAGCCGAGCAGCCAGGAGAUGGAGAUCAUGGCGGGACCUGAUCAGAGGCACGACGCCAACAGCCUGAUGCAGACGGCAGUGCAGGUGGCAGUAACGCUGACCAAGCCAGUGGGGCCCGACCUGAUGAAGUUCGUGAGCGAAGCCGACGAGGCCGGCCUGCUCCACCCAAGGCUUCGACACAACAAAGGGGAAGCUGACCAGGACCCCGAGCAGGAGGUGGCGUGGCUCGAGAGGAACAGGCUCGAGCAGCUCAUGCAGUCGCUGGCAGGCUGUUGGAGCCAGAAAGAGGGCGAGCAGGGCUGGCCAUCGUGGCAGGCCGCGUGCGUGCCCCAUGUGCUGAGGGCGCUGCAGACUGGCGUCUACCAGAGGCUUUUCAGCUACGUGUCAGGGACGAGCCGCCAGCGCAGCCAGCGCCGAGCGGCGGAGGAGAUCUGCCGCCUGGCAUGGCUCAACAGCGGAGAGGCGCGCAGACAGAUCCAGCAGCAGGACCCGAAGGAGGCAGAGCGGCGCAGAGCAACGGCUGAGCAGAUCCUGGGCGUGACUGAGCCAGAGGGGUUAGGCCACAGCCCUGCGCCAGACGGGAUGCAGAGGGGACGCAGCACCAAGGACAUGGCAGACCUCGACCACGUCCCUGAAGAGGAGAACAGCGAGGAUUGCCCCCAGCAGCCCGUAGAAAAGCAAAACAGCGAUGACAACCACCAGCAGUUCCCAGAUGUACAGCACAGCAUAGGGCACCACCUGGCAGACCGCAGAGGACCCCAGCGUGGCGAGGGGAUAGGCCACGGAGGACCCCAGCGCGGUGAGGGGUUAGACCGCAGAACCAAAGGCAAGCAGAGGAUCGAGGCGGAGGUCCCUGACGAGCCCAGUGAGCAUGACGCGGACGUCUUGACCAACAGUGUGGUAGACAGGACCUCGCAACUAACAGAGCGGACCCAUACCCUGGGAAACCGACAGACUGAACGCGAGGGGGAGGGCUUGGUCCGCGGAUACCACGUGAACCGCGAACACAGCGAGUGGCAUAGUCGGGGGACCUCGCCUGAGCCAGUGGGCAGCAGCACCGAGGAUGGGGACAGUGCGAGACUCUGCGCUCCCCCGCGUGGCGAGGGGUUAGGCCACAAAACAGCGCAGCCUGAGAAGGCGGCAGACUACGACGACGCAGACCUGCAGCGGGACUUGGAGAAGAUUGUCGGCGACCCUCCCCAGCGCGGUGAGGGGUUAGACCGCAAGGUACCCCUGCGUGGCGAGGGGUUAGGCCACGGCAAUCCCCCGCGCGGUGAGGGGGUAGACCGCAGGACCAAAGGCAAGCAGAGGCUUGAGGCGGAAGCCUAUGACGUGCCCAGUGAGCAUCACGCGGACCUUUUGACCGACAGUGUGGUAGACAG